CACCCAGUGCUCAUUUUGACACCCGCGUAAAAAAAAACGGGCGCUGCCGAAUAUCGGGCCCCCCGACCGCCUAAAAGCAACGCUCCCAGCGAGCGAUGGAGGCCCCCCCGCAGAAGCGCCGCGCCGGUGGCCGCGUCCUCGAGACGAAGACCUACCGCCCGACGCUGGCCGAGUUCCGGGACCCCUACGUCUACAUCGCGUCCAUCCGCGCCGAGGGCGAGCGCUACGGCAUCGUCCGCAUCGUCCCGCCGAAGGGCUGGGAGAUGGACUGCUACGUCGACUUCGAGGCCAAGGCCAAAAUUGGGUCGAAGCGCCAGCGCGUCGACCUGCUCAUGGAGGGCGACUCCUUUGAUGACGGCGGCCGCUACACGCUGAGCGAGUACGCCUGGAUGGCCGACGCCUUCGCGAAGUCGUGGGUGCGGAAGACGCACCCGAAGCACUUUAAAGGCGAGGACUGCCGCUACGACCACGACCUGCUCGAGGGGGACUACUGGGACAUCGUGGACCGGGGCGACCAGGGCUCGCCCGGCGUCGUCGUCGACUACGGGAACGAUGUUGAUGCGGCGGAGUACUGGAGCGGCUUCCCGCGCGGCCCGCCGCAACCCGAGCUCUGCGCGGAGAAUUUGGACCGAUGCGAACCCUUCAGCUACGAGUACUACGCGCGGAGCGGCUGGAACCUGAACAACAUCGCGCGGUGGCCCGGGUCCGUGCUGCGGUACUACGAGGAGCCCGUGUCGGGCGUGACGUCGCCGUGGCUCUACCUGGGCAUGCUCUUCUCAACCUUCCCCUGGCACAACGAGGACAACUACUUUUAUAGCAUCAACUACCACCACGCCGGCGCCCCCAAACAGUGGUACGGCACGCCCGGGUCCAAGGCGGACGCGUUCGAGGUCGCGUUCCGGGCCCUGGUGAACGAGAACGGCGGCGACAUGACGGCGGGCGACUCGCUGCACAACAUCAACACCAUGAUCUCGGCCUACGAGAUCGCCAAGAGGGGCGUGCCCAUGUACGCGCUGCGGCAGAUGCCCGGCGAGUUCGUCGUGACCUUCCCGCGCGCCUACCACGGCGGCUUCUCGCUGGGCUUUAACAUCGGGGAGGCGGUGAACUUCGCGACGCCGGACUGGGUCCAGCACGCGCGGCUCGCGAACGAACACUAUAGGACGAUCGCGCGCCUCGGCGUCGUCGGCCACGACCGCCUCAUGUUCACGCUGGCGCACAACGUCGACACGUACACCGACAUUGCGUCGUGCGAGGCGCUCCGCGGCGAGGUCUGGCGCAUCGCCGAGGAGGAGGCGCGCACGCGGCCGCAUUUAUAUCGGACGGAGGGCCUGCGCGACGUGUCCGACCGCGUCGGGCCGCCGCCGGGCAACAACACGCGCGUCUGCGGCAAGGACGACGCGGACUUCGACGACACGCGGAUCUGCUGCAUCUGCAAGCACACGUGCUACGCGUCCAUCGUCGGCUGCAACUGCUCGAACGAUCAGCUGGUCUGCCUGCGCCACGCGGGCUUCCUCUGCCGGUGCCCGCCGUCGAACCGCUUCGUGCUCGAGUGGGAGAAGGUCGAGGACCUCAUCCGGCUCGCGCGCCGCGUCGACGCGAAGCUGGCGCAGCUCAAGGGCGUGCCGUACGUGCCCGCGGUGGUGGACUGGCCCAUGAUGCCCCGUACCGUGAAUCCCUAGCCCCUCUCUUCCCCCGUCGACUAACCAUCGUCCUGCCUGA